CUGGCAGAAACCCAUCAUGUCUUUUUAAGCAUUUUUUCCCCUCAGAUUUUUUCUCCCAGUCCGUACCGCCGAGCCCGUGCCACCAGUGAAACCAGUACGCAUGCUCUACCGAGCCCGUCUCACCCGUGUCAGUCAUCAGCCUUCACGGUGGAAGGCGCGAGCGGUCUGCGUGCGCGGAGCUUCACACAGCGACCACCGAAAGGCCGCAGCUGGACUACCGGCCCGGUUCGUCGUGCCAGCACCGGGCUGCAGUUGCACUCCUCUAAUCACAGAUCCCACUAAGACCGGCGUCCCUGCGUCUCCAGACCGGUGCAGACGUUUCGAUGGACUGGGGGAGUAGGUCCCCUGCGCGCGUUUGCACCCUGCCUCAUUCCCAGCCAUGACAGACGCGGAGUUACAAACCUUUACGUCCAUCAUGGAUGCUCUCGUGCGCAUCAGCUCCAACAUGAAGAGUAUGGAGCGUGAGCUGCGCUGUCCUGUGUGUGAGGAGAUGCUGAAGCAGCCCGUUGUCCUGCCCUGCCUACACAGCGUCUGUGUGCUGUGUGCGGCCGAGGUGUUGGUGCAGAGGGGCUACCCUCCUCCGGAGCUCCCCCCAGAGCCCAACACGCCCACGUCCAGCCCCAGUACCCGCUCCCCACGGCAGGCUCGCCGACCCCUGCCCAAGACCGAUCGUCUCGACCGCGUGCUCAAGACAGCCUGCGGGACGUAUCCAGGCCGUAGACGGAGGGACAGUCCUGCUCUGGUCAUGCUGUUUCCAUGCCCUACAUGUCGCCGUGAUGUCGAGCUGGGGGAGCGUGGACUCACUGACUGUCUGAGAAAUCUCACACUGGAGCGCAUCGUUGAGAGGUACAGGAACACGAUAAGUUUGGGCUCCAUGGCCGUGAUGUGCCAGUUCUGCAAGGCCCCUCAGUCCCUGGAGGCCACGAAGGGUUGUGCAGACUGCCGGGCGAACUUCUGCAACGAGUGCUUCAAGCUGUACCACCCCUGGGGCACACCCCGUGCCCAGCACGAACACAUCCAGCCCACACACAGCUUCAGACCCAAGGUGCUAGUGUGUGUGGAACAUGAUCAGGAGAGACUGCAGUUCUACUGCCGUACAUGUCAACGGUUGCUCUGUUCUCUCUGCAAGCUCCGUCGUCUUCACAGUGGCCACAAGGUCAUGCCCAUCGCACAUGCCUACCAGACUCUCAAGGAUAAAAUCACCAAGGAGAUGAACUACAUUCUGGCCAAUCAGGAGAAGGUACAGGCCCAAAUCACCCAAGUAGAGAGUGCCAUCGCUCAGACCGAGGUGAACAGCGCCGUGGCUAAAGAACAGCUGUAUCAGUGUGUGAGCGAGUUGAGGGGGGUGCUCGCUGAGCGGCAGGCAGGGCUGGCCAAAGCGCUGGAGGGGGCGCGGUCUCGUAGGGCGCAUGCCCUGAACAGCCAGCUCUCCGAGAAACAGAGUCUGCUGGAGGACGCCGGCCUCGUCGCCUACACUCAGGAACUGCUCAAAGAGACCGACCAACCCUGCUUCGUGCAGGCCGCCAGAGCCACUCACAACAGGCUGGGGAAGGCGAUAGAAAAUCUGCAUCACUUCUCCCUCUCUGCCGAUCCCUCGCUACGCCACUUCAGCGUGGACGUCUCCAGAGAGCUGAAGAUUCUGGGCUCCAUGGACUUCAUCCGAGCUCCUGUGGCUCCUGUCAUUGACACUCAGAAGACUCUGGCCUAUGACCAGCUCUACCUGUGUUGGCGCCUCCCCCAGGACUCCGCCCCUGCCUGGCACUACUCAGUGGAAUUUCAGAGGAAAGUGGGUGGAGCUGGGCCACUAUGGGGCGGAGUCAGGUCUGAAGGGCCAGGAGGCACUAACAGCCCAUGGCAGCGUUUGGAUGAGGUGGGCGGGACUAGCGCAGUGAUUGACAGACUGGAGAUGGACAGCGUCUAUGUACUGAGAGUGAGGGGCUGCAACAAGGCAGGGUUUGGGGAGUACAGUGAGGAGGUGUACUUACAUACACCACCUGCCCCAGUGUUGCCGUUCUGCCUGGACUCGCGAUGGGGGCUCCACGCUGAGCGGAUGGCAUUGGGGAAGGGACAGACGUACGCUCGCAGCGUGCCUGGCCUCACCCUGCUGCACGCUGCUGACCGUGCCCUCACUUCCUGCCACCUGACCUCCGACCUCCUGGUAGCCGACGUGUCUGUCACGCAGGGCCGCCACUACUGGGCGUGCUCGGUGGAGCCCGGCUCGUACGUGGUUAAGGUUGGUGUUGGCCUUGAAGCCAAACUACAGGAGUGGUUUCACUUGCCCCAGGACAUGGCCAGUCCCCGGUACGAUCCCGACAGUGGACAUGACAGUGGUACAGAGGAUGCUCAGGACUGCCCGCCUCCGUUCUGCUUCCUCACCAUGGGCAUGGGCAAGAUUCUACUGCCCAAAUCUGGGGCAUCAUCAUCUACCCCUCUCACUGCCCCUCUGCCGCCCCGCCUCGGCGUGUGCUUGGACUUUGAAAAGGGGCGGGUCGGGUUCUAUGACGCCCACUCGCUGCGAGUGCUGUGGGAGGGGCCUGUUGACUGCUCCGCCCCUGUUUGCCCAGCCUUCUGUUUUAUUGGUGGAGGAGCGCUGCAGCUGCAGGAACUGAUAGCCAAUCGCAGCACUGAGCCCACUGCACCCAGGAGAGUGACCAUCCAGUCACAUGUUCCCAGUGUCAGUAACUGAAGCGAUUAGUCUUUCUUCAGGACAAACCUCUUUACUCACAGGCACCUUUAAAUGAGGUUUCUUUUAUGAAUCUUUUAUUUAUCUUGGAAGCUUGUUUUUUUUUAUUCGUGCCUCACAGAUUUGUGACAUUUUAUAUUAAGGUUUGCUCAUGUGUUAUGUUAUAACUUAGGUAUCAAUCACAGCAUGCUGACUGUAUAUAUGCAGAUUAUUACGAGACUAAAUAAUGAGAAAUCAUUUGAUCUUUUUAACUUAGCUAAAAUAAGUGUGUCAGGUUUAGUUGUUGCAUGACCACUAUGAUUCAUCUUUAGGCAUAUAUAUCAUGAAUAAUUCAUUUUAAUACUCAUUUACUGAAUGAUUUCUCAUUAUUUCUCAACUAUUUUUCACAUAGACAGGCUGUGAAGCGCCUAAAAUAGUUCUGUUAAGUACUUUGGAAACAGACCUCAGUUUAGAUUCUUACCUGUAUUUUCUAGGCUUGUUCAGCUGUUGUGAGCAGGUGUAGACCUCUGCUGCACCACGGGUCUAGGUCUGUUCCUGUGUUGUACUGCUGGUUGUCCUGUUGCUCAGUGCUCUGCACAUAGAGGGCGCCACUCACAGUGUUUGGACAGUGUCCUCUAUGGGUCAGGUUUUCUGCGGCACUUGUUAAUGGGGCCGGAUGUGAAGAUUUAGUAACGUCAUGGCGUUACUAAGUGUAGUAAUGUCAGAACUGGACAGAAACCGUUUUCUUAAAAAACAUGGAAUCACAUCCAAAUUAAUGGAACCAAUUUUAUUAUGAACUGCCAUAUUUUUUCAGUUCAAAAGCUCGUUACUAUAGUAAUUAGGGUUAUGACAAUGUGUAAAUAAACAGCUAGUCAGUGUAAUAUAUCACAGAUCUCUCUCAGUUUGGGCUGCUUCUGUUAGUAGUGAGAAGAACCUCUGACAGACUGACUUGUUUUUAAAUCUGUCUCCUCUAUAUUGACACAGUGUUUCUAACCAAGCAUGAUAUAAUCAAUUCUAUAAUAUGUAACAAAAUGAUGUCUAAUAGCUAUUUAUUAAUUUGAUGUUAUAAUUAUGAAAUUAUCACGGCAUAUUGUCAAACCUCUAAUUACCUUCCCAUCUUUGACAUGCUGUUAAUUAUGUGAGUGGAAGUCCUGAUGAUCCCUAUCGGGACAGAAAAGUGAUGAACUUCAGCGUGUACCUUGACUAUGGUCGACCAAGCCGAGGGGCCGUUUUGCUUUCGGUAACGUAUUUCAUGCAUCUGUAUGAUUAAUACAGGUCAAAACUCAGCUGUCCUGGAAAUCGGUGGGUUUUAGUUCAAACUAAGUGACUCAUUUUGUAGGUUUAUCCACAUAUAAAUGUGGAUUUCUUCAGAAUAAAAGUGCAGAAUCAAUCUAUGAUGGUACGUAUGCAACCACAGAUGGGUAUUUAAUCAUUUGUUUGUUUAUUUCUAUGAUUAUGCAUAGCGAAGGCCUUGCACCCACCCUGACACCUGACCUUCGCAGGUGACAAACAUAAACUCCACCUUCACUACAGAUGGUGUCCGACGUGGGAUGGUAUUGUUAGGUCAGAAGUGGAAGGUCCAGACUAGGUGUAACUACACGGUAGUUGUUUUACUUCAUUGAUCCCUAAAAAGAGCAGUUAGGAUUGUCAUUUCCGUCAGGACAGUUAAAGCCAGUCACACAACUUGUUUAGAACAUAGAGUUACUGAAUAUAUUAUUAAAUGUAUCAUUUAGAUUAAAUCCAUGAAUGAUUCAAUAUUAUAAUACAACUUGUACAAGUAAAUACAUGCAUGGUGGAGGCAGACUAGAGUAAACUACGCAGUAUUCUGGAAGGAGGAUUGAAAUGCACACCCCCGCCGUGUUGACAUAACGGUAUAUUCCAAACUUGUGGCUCUUGAUUGUAUCUGUAUUUCCUGUAAUCAUGUCUACCAUUAGACUUUUCUGUGUGUGUUUGUUCAGUGCAUACCGUCAUUCUUUAGGGUCCUGUCAUGUUAAAGGUUACAUGUUGAUCUCAGCACAACUACUUCUCACGCGUAAACACUGUGUAGACUAUGCAACUGUGCACACUGGAGAAACACUGUUGGGAUGUGGGAUGAUUGCGAUUCACGGGGGGUGUUCCUAAACACGAGGUGUUUAAGAUUCUGAAUGUAUUAGGCACAGUAAUAAAACACUUGCUGAAAGAGGAGUAAGAUAAAGAUGGGAAUAGACCAGUCUACAUGUUAAUAAGGGGAAUAUUCAUGACAUUUCCAGUUCAAACUUUACUUUACUGAAAAUUCAGCAAAACAUUACAACAGGAAUCUAAGGUCCCAUUUUGAAGAUGAAAGAAAGGGUUUUUUAAUUAACACUAUUUAACUAAAUCACCUGCACCCAACUGUUUUAGAAAAAAAUCCAGCGUUGAAAGGCAGUUGCUAAUGAAGAGACUUCCUGCGGUUUCUGAUUGAUUUGCCUACCACCUGAAUGUGUGUGUGUGUGUGUGUGUGUGUGUGUGUGUGUGUGUGGGUCUGUGGGUGUUAGACUCAGCAAUAAAGGCAGUGCAGUUGCACAAAUCUCUGCCUUUGAGCCAUGUUUCUGUUGUUUGUGUUUACGUUGCUCGUAAGUGACUUGUUCAGAUGUGAUGGCUGGUGAAUGUAAAAAUGUCGCAUUUCUUUAAUGUGUUUUCAGCCCUUGGAGUUGUUGGAAAAGUCAAAAGUGAAAUAAAUGAUCACAAUUGA